GUGCAGUGACGCAAAACACACAGUAUACGAACGCAGCCGUGUGGACUGACACUCAGGACUCUGCAGCUCUGUCUCGCACUCAUGGGGUUACCCUUCCCAGUCAACAUUCAGCAGAGAGACAGUCACACACUUCAGCGCAUUUUGUGACUUUUUACUUUGGUUUAUCUCCUCUUCCCCAACUCCUGUUGACCAAAGAUCAUUUUUUUCUUUCUGGUUGGCUCUUGUUUUUAAACGCAACCAUUUUUUCGGGAACGAGACUGGGAUUGUCCCUCAUAUUAUGCACAUCAAUGGAUACCAGUGGCUCAGUGGUUAGCAGGGGAACUGAGGAGCAGUCCUUUCAUGUCCGCUACAGGAUGGAGGUGUCCUGCCUGGAGCUGGCGUUGGAGGGUGAGCGGCUCUGUAAGGUGGGCGACUACAGAGCAGGCGUCUCCUUCUUUGAAGCUGCCAUCCAGGUGGGCACAGAGGACCUGCAGGUGCUCAGCGCCAUCUACAGCCAGCUGGGCAAUGCCUACUUCCACCUGCACGACUACGCUAAGGCCCUGGAGUUCCACCGGCAUGACCUCACUUUGACCAGGACAAUUGGUGACCUGCUUGGAGAAGCCAAAGCCAGUGGAAACCUUGGCAACACAUUAAAGGUGCUGGGGCGGUUUGACGAAGCUGUGGUUUGCUGUCAGAGACACUUGGACAUAGCCAGAGACAUAAAUGACAAGGUGGGUCAAGCGCGAGCUCUGUAUAACUUUGGGAAUGUGUACCAUGCCAAAGGCAAAAGUAUCUGUUGGAGUGGAGCUGAGCCUGGAGAUUUCCCAGAGGAGGUCAUGACGGCACUGAGGCAGGCAGCUGAGUACUAUGAGGCAAACCUGGCGAUAGUGAAGGAGCUUGGGGAUCGCGCUGCUCAGGGUCGAACCUAUGGCAACCUCGGCAACACAUACUACUUAUUGGGAAACUUCCGAAAAGCGGUAGCUUCUCACGAACAGCGCUUGCUCAUAGCUAAGGAGUUUGGCGACCGCUCUGCGGAGAGACGGGCUUACUGCAACCUGGGGAACGCUUAUAUCUUUUUGGGGGAAUUUGGAGUGGCAGCUGAGCAUUACAAGAGGACACUGCAGCUGGCGAGGCAGUUGAAGGACCGAGCUGUGGAGGCCCAGGCCUGCUACAGUCUGGGCAACACCUACACACUUCUGCAAGACUAUGAGAGAGCCAUAGACUACCACCUCAAACACCUCAUUAUAGCCCAGGACCUCAAUGACAGGAUUGGGGAGGGCCGUGCAUGCUGGAGUCUUGGGAAUGCUUACACUGCACUGGGGAACCAUGACCAAGCCAUGCACUUUGCUGAGAAACACCUGGAGAUCUGCAAAGAGACUGGAGACAGAAGCGGGGAGCUGACGGCUCGUAUGAACGUGUCUGAUCUCCAGAUAGUUCUCGGCCUGAGUUACAGCACAAAUAACUCCACUAUUUCAGAGAAUAACGAUAUAGACUACAACAUGCAUGGAGCGAGGCCCAGGAUGAGCAGAAGACACAGCAUGGAGAACCUGGAACUGAUGAAACUCACUCCAGACAAGAUGAAUGCUCAGAAGUGGAACAGUGACAUCCUGACCAAACAGUCCAAACCCUCCCUGGCCAAGAGCUCCUCCAAGCUGUUCUUUGUCAGCCGUCUGCGUGGGAAGAAGUACAAGGCUGGUGGCUCCAGUAAGGUGCUCCAGGACACCAGUAACACCCUGGACGCCAGCCAGACGUCCGCACAGGGACCACAGAAGAGACUCAGCCCCGACAUGCUCGGAGACGAGGGCUUCUUUGACCUGUUGAGCCGUUUUCAGAGCAACCGUAUGGAUGACCAGCGCUGUUCAAUACAGGAUAAAGGCAGCCGGAUAUCAUUAAGCAGUGGUCCAGAGUCGCCUCCCAGAGCCAUGAGGAAAUCUGUAUCAGAGUCUGCAAACGUCUCUGGUGCCCAAGGCCGGCGGUUAGAGGAGUCGUCAGCAGCCGGAGGAAGUCUUCCCGGGCUCAGGCUCAAUCAGAACAGCAACCAGGCUGUUCUCAGCCAUCUGAUGGCCAACGCUGACAGCGCUGAGCCUGAUGACGACUUCUUCGACAUGCUUGUCAAGUGCCAGGGGUCCCGUUUGGACGACCAGCGCUGUGCCCCUCCCCCUCCUCCAGUCCGAGGGCCGACUGUACCAGACGAGGACUUCUUCAGCCUCAUCAUGCGCUCUCAGGCCAAACGAAUGGACGAGCAACGCGUCACCCUGCCCUCUGCAGCAAACACUACAGCCCGGCCAGGCUCCAGCUCCAAAUGAACUAAAGCACUAAAGGGACAGCCGGUUUAUUUUUUCAUUUUUUCAUCUCAUGAAGGUGUGGACAGCAUUGUGACUGACCAGUGGGUGGUCACUCACAGGAAAGCCUUGUGUUUCUUCACAUUUGUCCUUUUGGACAAAACAAAGCACUGUUGUCAGCAUUAUAUGUAGUAUACCGUAUGAAACUAACUUUGACUUGUUUCAUAUAACUUGCACAACACCUUCAAACUCUCAGUAGUAUCAGGGACAAAAGUGUUGUUUUUAUCCUUCUGUAUUCCUACAAAUUUCACCUUGUGUAUUUUUCAAUACACAACUGCAUUUAUGUCUGUAUUUAUUGUACUUUUUAUGAUUGUUAUGAUUUUAUUAACUACCGUCCGACUACUAUAAAGUGGUUUUACUCCCAGUGGUGUCUGAGUCAAUGUGGACACACAGGUACAGCACUCUAUCCAUGUAUUUUGUUUUUAUCUGAGGUUUUUUUUUAAACAGUUGUCAGGGUCAGGCUAAGGAAAUGGUGUUUUAAACAAAGUAUCUGAUAAAAGAAUUAAUUUAACCUGUGUACAGCCCUUACACUUGUUUGUACUAAAUGUUUCAUUGAGGAAUAAAGCCUCGUCCAUGUACAGCAGA